UUUGUGACAAACAAGACAUUACAGAACAGUAUUGUGCGAAAACAUGCCUCGGCCGACACGAGAGUCAUACGGUGAUCAGAAACCACCCUUCUCCUACAUCGCCCUAACGGCGAUGGCGAUCUGGAGCUCCCCGGAGCGCAUGCUGCCGCUGUCGGAGAUCUACCGGUUCAUCACGGACCGCUUCCCGUACUACCGGCGCAACACGCAGCGCUGGCAGAACUCGCUGCGGCACAACCUCUCCUUCAACGACUGCUUCGUGAAGGUGCCGCGCCGCCCGGACCGGCCCGGCAAGGGCGCCUACUGGACGCUGCACCCGCAGGCCUUCGACAUGUUCGAGAACGGCUCGCUGCUAAGGAGGCGUAAGAGGUUCAAGCUGCACAAAGGGGAGAAGGAUAGUUUGAAUGCGGAGUUAGCGGCUUUGGCGAGCUUCAAUAGAGCGUUUUUGGCGCGGCAGGCCGGUGCUCCUCCUCCGCCGGCGACGAUGCCUAAUAGUAGCAUGUACAGUCCGGCGUCGACGUUUAUUUCGAGGCCGAGUCCGGAGCCUACGGAGGCAGUGGACACGACAGCGCUGUUGCCGCUAGGGCCGAGGCCGCGGAGAGCGUUCACGAUAGACGCUCUGCUGGAGCCGGAGCCGCGGCGCUCGUCUCCGUCGCCGCCACCGCUGCCGCCGCUGCAGCCGCACUGCCCGCUGCCGCUGCCGCCACCGUACCUGCUCGCCGCCCAGAGGUAUCACGCAGAGCUCAUCGCUGGCUUGCAACAGUCCUGCUUACCUCCUCUAUGGACGUGGCGAGAUACCAGUCAAUUUUCACAUUACACCCUCAAUUCAUGAAUGAUGUCGCAGUCGUGUAUAGACAGAUCUCAGAAUUAGCUCUAGUUGUAAGAAAAUGUCUAGAGACAGUUCAUGUAUGCAAGUUAAUUAGUUAGAUGAAUAGUGACUGGGAUUCAGUGGGCUUACGACACGGACCGCUGAUACACUUGUGAUGACAAUGAGGUAUUGGCAUGUAAGAACAAAGAAGUUGAAAGUCGAAGUUCGAAGUCGACUUUGAAAUCGAAGUCAACAGAAACGAUUCCCUACUUUUGCUACGUAGAUACUAAAAUGUAAACUGUGAUAUAGGUUAGGAAUGAACUGUUUGUAAAUAUGUACAGUCUAAACGGUAUUAUACGAAUAUAAUUAUUAUAAUUUAUUGCUAUAAAUAUUAGUGAAAGAAAAUAUAGAAAAAUAC